UGCGCCGACGCGCGAGCGCCCGGCACCGCGGCGAGUGCGCUCAGUCCGGCGGCGGCCGUGCGCGAACUGACGUGCUCCGAGCGCUGCAGCCGCCCCGCCGCCCGCAGCCUCCCGGUCGCACGGGCAGCCCUGCCCGGCCGCCCGCCAUGGUGUCAUGGAUCAUCUCCAGGCUGGUGGUGCUUAUAUUUGGCACUCUUUACCCUGCAUAUUAUUCAUACAAGGCUGUGAAAUCGAAGGACAUUAAAGAAUAUGUCAAGUGGAUGAUGUACUGGAUUAUAUUUGCACUUUUCACCACAGCAGAGACAUUCACUGACAUCUUUCUUUGUUGGUUUCCAUUCUAUUAUGAACUAAAAAUAGCAUUUGUAGCCUGGCUGCUAUCUCCCUACACAAAAGGCUCCAGCCUCCUAUACAGGAAGUUUGUACAUCCCACGCUGUCUUCAAAAGAAAAGGAAAUUGAUGAUUGCCUAGUCCAAGCAAAAGACCGAAGUUAUGAUGCCCUAGUGCACUUCGGGAAGCGAGGCUUGAACGUGGCGGCCACAGCGGCGGUGAUGGCUGCUUCCAAGGUGGCACGACUAUUUCAUUUUGUCUCCUCUUUGGAUCUCAGAGAAGGGCAGGUAACCCCGUCGAGAGGUAUGACUAACUACAAACUGAUCCAGUGGGGUAGAGAGGCCAGCAGCCACCUCUGUCCACCAGCGCAUGGUCUGGAUCAGAACCAGGGACAGGGUGCCUUAUCGGAGAGACUGCGGAGUUUCAGCAUGCAGGACCUCAGCACCAUUAGGGGAGACGGUGCCCCUGCUCCCUCGGGACCCCCACCACCGGGGUCUGGGCGGGCCAGCAGCAAACAUGGCCAGCCUAAGAUGUCCAGGAGUGCUUCUGAAAGCGCUGGCAGCUCAGUGUGUACAUGCUGCUCCAUCUGCAGGACCCGAAAAGUGGUUGAGGGAGAUGUAAAUGAGGGUGGUGUGAAGGCCUGGGAGCCCCACCAGGUCCAGAACCCACUGGCGUUCUCUGAUGAUGAGGAGGAAGACCUGCUGGAUUUCAUGUACAAGUAUAAGGCACCUCGAAAAACGGAGUUCCCCCUGGAGGCACCGCCUAGAAUCCUUCGAUCUCGCUUCAGGAAGAAAAGUACCUCAUCCUCGGCCACUGAAACCACAUGAGUGAGAUGAGCCAACAACAGCACCGGAUACACAGAAUGUUUCUUCUCUGCCUUAAAGAGCUACUCACUAAUUACAUAGAAACCUGCAGGCUGGUGUGCUUUGAGUGUGCAGCCUCACAGACAUGGUCUUUCCUUUCUCUCCUCUCUUCCACUUUUAACAGAAUUGUUUUUUCCGUUUAUUUUGCUGGGGAGAGGCUAAAGGCAAGGUAGCGUGUGGGGGGUGUGAUCUUUGUCUUCUGAAGUUCGUCAUUUUCCACAAUUGGAUUGUCGUUACAGACAGCAGUGUGUGUUUAGAAAUAUAAAAGAAUCACCCCCUGCUGAGAUGGACAUUUGUAAUUUAUUUGUUGCAUACUUCAUUUUUAGUCCUGUAAAUGCAAACAAAGCAAUUUUGUAAAACUUUUGUUCUUGGUACUAAUACUUUGGACUACGAUGUACAUAUUUAUGGCUUUUGGCUUAAUGUAGUGGGCUUGCAAGGGCUGCCCGAGAUUCUGAUCAUGUAAGAGAACUGCAGAAACAGAAGUGUCAAGAUUUGUUCUGAUUCUCAAGAAUGUCUUAGAUGUACUUAUAAAGCUUCCAAACACAGCUCCAGUCAAACAUCCCUCUUCCUACAGGCCAGUGGCCCAUAUUUUUCAGACAGAUAUUUAAUCAGUAUAUCAGAGAAGUGUAGAAUGCAAAGAGACAAUAUUUUAGUGACAAAGAUGAGUGUAAUGAGGUUAGGGGUACAGCCUAGAAUCAGGGAAGAGUCCCAGGAAGCUUGUCUUCCCCUUGGAUUCAGGAUGACGAGCUUCUGAGUCCUCUCAGGGGUUACCAUUUGCCUGGGCAGGUGGCUCACCCUUGGUAAAACUGUUUGGGACUGUGGACUCACAGAGCUGUCAUGAGGGGUCACUCUCAGUGUCUCAAAAGUUCUUGACACAUGACUGUUUUUCCUUCAUAGUAACCUGUGCUGUGACUGAUUUCCCCAGGCAGGGGAGCCUAUGGUCUGAGCACCUUCUUUUAGAGAACACUAAGCAAAAACCAACCAAUCAACCCAAUUAAAACAAAACCUAGAACUAUGCUUUGUUUCAGAUACACUAUGAAAUACAUCUGAGACACCUGUGUAACAAUCAGAAUGCUGGGUUCUAGAAACGUUUGAGGUUGAGAUCUUAAUGGCUAUGACUUACUGCUCAGCUCCAUGGGCCGCUGUGGCAUGCAUCCUUCUGUUCCCUCCAGGGCUUGUCCAGAAUGUGAACGAGAGGGAAGUCACACGCUCAUGGGCGCUUUAGGUCUUAAUAGGCAUCUUAUACAAGCCCAGAUUGCUUAGUAGGAAAAUAAAGCACUACUUGAGGGGACUCCCUGCUUAGACUGAGAGUUCUGUCAGAAAAGACGAAUCUGGUUUAAACAGCAUUUUGGUCCGAGGUAUCUGCUGUCGCCUUGGAGAUCUGAGCCAACAUGUAGGACUCUAGAUUUGUGCUUAGACUUGGUGUUUUCUUUCAGUGUAAUGCAUGCAGUGGUUACAACCCAGUUAUUUAUAAUAUUUGGAUUGUGUUUGUUCAUAGAUAUGCCCUGAAGACUAGAGAAUUAGUGCUAUGUACCACAUAGACCUUCCUGUCCACCAGCUAUAAACAGGCCCAGGUAAAGAUGAUUUCAUUACUGAGCGACAUGCUUGUACAUCAGUGGUCUUUGCUGAUGACAACACUGGCUGGAUCUUAGCCGCCUCAAGAGGGGUUCUACUUGAAGUUGAUUGUUACCAGAUGUAGACAUUUUAAAUCCCUUCUUUCCAUAAUUACCCUGAAGGUGACUUUGUAAUUUACAAAAGGAUUUAGGAAAAUAAACCUAAAAGCAAAUUUGUGAUGCAGAGGACAGAUAGAGGCUGUCUGUUCUUUGCUUAUGCCCCACACCCACCAAUUCUGAAACCUGUUUAGGGAAGACAGAAAAUCUGUUUUCUUCAAGUGCACUGAAUAUUUUUAGGUAAAGGGAAAAUAUAUGCUUUAAAAUGUAUAUACCUGUUAGUUGGGAGUAACCAGGAUUAUCAAAAUCAAGUGCAUAAAAAGCUUAACUUAGACAGCUUUUUAGCAACUUUUUUUUUCUCGCCAAAAUAAUGAAUGCCUGUAGCAGCAGAGAUUAAAAUUCUAUUGUGAACAAGCUAGAUUUUCACCAUUUUACAAUGGAAAGUUUCAACAAGUACGACUACCAAGUUUGCACUCAACUAUGCCAAAAACAAGUUUGGAGCACUCUACUCUCAGACAUGCUGUAUUACUUCUCAUUCAAGAUUUAAAAAAUACAAAGGUAUCCAAACUGCUGUCUUAAUGUAAAUGUAACUUUUUCCUUCAAGUGUUGAUUAGGGAGUUGGUUUCUCUCUUAAAAACACUCACUGUACAGCUGAGAGCAGCUGUCAUAUUUCUGGCAGAACGUGUUUACUUAUCCAACAAGCUGUUGUAUUUGUGUAUGGACUGACAUAAAAUGUGAAUGCCUCCAAGUGUACACGUAGUGGUGUGGUAUUCUGUCUAGAGGAUAUAACUGAAUGUUUUUCUUUUGCUGAUAUACAGACACAGGCUGUUUACAAAAUGCUAGCUCGAAAGUCUGUAAGUUUCACGUAAUAACUUUUAGUUAUUUGCCAUUGAGCACCUGAUCUGUUUCUGAGGUGAGAUGUGUUAUAAACUGAAAAGUUUAGUCACAAUCCCUCCUGGCUUUGUGUGAAUCGCUUGCCCAUUUCGCUGGCCUCUGAAAUGUGUGUUCCGUGUAGUAAACUGUCCGUGUGUUUGUGGUAACAGUGCUUGUCCACCACGACCACCACUGAGCGAGCGCCUCCCUACUCCUUCACCCUGCACAGUUAUUAAAACGGCAAAGGAUGUGCUUCGUUCUCAGACAGCUGACAUGCUGGACGCUGACUGUGCAUAUUUCCCCUAGUUUGUCUGUAGACCCUAUGAAACGAUCUGUAAUAAAAUAAAUUUUGUGCAUCGAAGGGGUGUAAAAUCACAGUAUUCCAAAGGUUGAAGUUCUGCUGUUGUGUUAUAAUGCCUGGUAUAUAUCUUGAAUAAAGUCUUAACAUUUUUCUUUUAAAAAA